UGUUUUCUCUCCGUCCGUGUCCCCUAUCCCCUGUUUAUAUAUUUGCCAACCGGAGGACGAGGAAGGACACUCAAACUUUACUUCCAUCUUUGAAUAGCUCAACCUCUAGGAUUUAUAUCAUCUAAUAUAUUCUACACAGCACCAACUAACUCCACCUCCACCUCCAUUUUCUUCCCCAAGGGCUUCACCCUCAACGCAGAAAGAAACCCAGAAGAAGAACAGCUCAAGCUCAAGCUCAAAGCUGUCGGGAACAUUCCCCUGCUUGAUUGUCUUGGCCCGCCAGAUCUAUGAUACUCUGUUCUGGGAGCUGAGCAUUCUCAUCCUGAUGAAUAUUGCUUCAAAUCCAGCAAUGUCAUGUACCCUUCGUCUUGUCUUGUGGGUUUGGAUUUUUUGGGAGGACCGGUCGGCGGUCAACAUGGAUCCAUAAUUACCUCAAUCGAUUCUUCCUGGGAAAUUUCUUUUUCAUCUGCUGAAAUCAUGAAAACGUUCUUGAAGUAGCCUAUGGAAUUCUGUUGGCAAAUGGGAAUUUCUGUUUCCUGCCCAUUUUCAGACUCGGGCGACCUGGAAAAAGGGAUCGAAUCGAUCAUCGUUAGGUCGAUAAGUUUCGGUAAGGAUGAGGCCAAGACUGUCGCCCGAUCCAUCAGUUUCAAUGGCAGAGAUUCGGAUCCCACGAUCGUGAAAUCAUUAGGUUCAGGAAAGAUGAUAAUAGAGGGAUCGAUCAGUUUUAAACGAAGAGAGUUGGGGACGUUGAUUUCGAUAACGGCUCCUUCAGUGGAUGACGAGGAGAAGGAAACUGUGUUAUCGGAUAGUCCUAAAUCAGAAGAGAGUGAUAUUCAAUCCCCGAUUCCUAAAACUUUUUCCGGGAUAUCUCAAGAACUGCCGCCACUAGACCGGAGCAGUCCCAAACAUGAGGCUGCAACAAAACUGCAGAAAGUUUAUAAAAGCUUCCGAACAAGAAGAAAACUCGCGGACUGUGCGGUACUUGUUGCGCAAAGCUGGUGGAAGGUAUUGGACUCGGUAGAGCUUAAGCGGAGCUCUGUAUCUUUCUUUGACAUCGAGAAGCAUGAAACAGCUAUUUCGCGAUGGUCACGAGCAAGGACCAGGGCAGCUAAAGUUGGAAAAGGUUUGUUGAAGAACGAUAAAGCUCGAAAACUUGCAUUGCAGCACUGGCUUGAGGCUAUCGACCCACGUCAUCGAUACGGCCAUAAUCUUCACUUUUACUACGAUAAAUGGCUCCACUGUCAGAGUAAAGAGCCCUUCUUCUACUGGUUGGAUAUAGGCGAAGGGAAAGAGGCGAGCCUUGAAAAGUGCCCGAGAUCGAAACUUCAGCAGCAGUGCAUCAAAUAUCUCGGUCCAAUGGAGAGGAAGGCAUAUGAAGUUGCCGUGGUGGACGGGAAGUUCUUCUACAAACAGUCAGGCGAGAUUCUCCAUACCCUGGGAGAAUCCGAGGACACAAAAUGGAUUUUUGUCCUGAGCACUUCGAAGAGUCUUUAUGUUGGGAAGAAGAGGAAGGGAACCUUCCAACACUCGAGCUUUUUAGCUGGAGGAGCCACCUCUGCGGCUGGCCGGUUGGUUGUUGAGCAUGGCACUUUAAAGGCAGUUUGGCCCCACAGCGGACAUUAUCGGCCCACCGAAGAGAACUUCCGGGACUUUAUUUCGUUUCUCGAAGAGAACAAUGUAGAUAUCUCAAAUGUGAAGAUGAGCGCAAUGGAUGACGAAGAAGGUUUGCCAAGCAGACAGAGAAGCAGCGUGCAUAUAAGAAGCAACUCAAACGAAGAGGACUAUGUCCAAAAGGCGAACAAUGUGGAGACUGAAGAGGUCCGCAUCACGGGCCUCACAAAAGAGGAGCCGGAUGCAAGAGAGACUGCUUCGGUCGCAUUGGCAUCGCACAGGUUGAGGAAGGGGGACAGCUUGAGCAGAAACCUGGCCAGGCUUGAAAUAUCUGGAAAGGUAGAUCUGCUCAAGAGCUUUUCCUCCGAAGACAAUCUUUCUGGAGAGACCAAGGUCGACCACACUCAAGCGGAACCAUCUGCUGCAAAAAAGGCCAUCACCUCACAGAAGUCGUUCCAACUGGGAAAGCAGCUGUCCUGCAAAUGGACAACCGGGGCAGGGCCGCGCAUUGGCUGCGUAAGGAACUAUCCUCCAGAGAUCCAGUGCCGAGCCCUGGAGCACGUGAACUUGUCCCCAAGAAGUUUGGAGUAUCCGAGGUCAUUUUUUUCUCCUCGGACUCCUAGCGGACUAAGCUAGUGAAAACAGAAACUGGCAACAGCCCUAGGCCUGUCGGAAGGAGCAUUCUCUAAACCCGAAUAUGCUGAAGAGCAAUCCAUUAACAUCAGCAGUCUAGCGGUUAACUUCAUAGAUCAAAAAUUGGUUUAUUGAUUCUUUCAUGUGAAUACAGCAAAAGAAGAUUAUAGGUGGAUUCGAUUUUUUACGACAAGAAUAUGACAACGAAACAUGGGAAAGACUGCAGAUAGGAAUUUUUUGCCAUUAUUUUUUUCUUCAGUAGUUCUUUGCCAUUAUUUUCAUUUCAAUCAAAGAAAACUUUUUUUUUCCCUCCUUUUGUCCUUGGAAAUUGAUUUCACUUGUACAUUGAAAUAGAAAUGUCAUCGUUAUGAACUUUUCUCA